CUGAGUCAACAAACGCUGAGCUGAUCAGAACGUGUAGACGCUAAUGGAAGAAUAGGUAUAGAAAUCGAAAAAUGUCAUACGGCAAACAAACGCCGAUAAUAAGGGCCCUAGUCGACUUUUUAGGGAGAAGAAAAAUCAAAGAAGCUCUAAGAUUUCCAGAUGAUCUUGUCCCAAGGUCAAUGCCACCACCAGCUUUGCCAGAUGGGCCAUCACAUAAGAUAGCGGACAAUUACUACUAUACCAGAGAUGCUAGAAGAGAGGAAUCUCCGCCAGUAGCAGUGUUUACAGCAGGUUCUACCAAGGCAAUAGAAGGUGUCAAACAACCAUUAGCUGCUAAACAAGUGACAGAGCAUCAGCCAAAAAUGCCAGGCAUUGGAUACAAUAUCAGCGGACUGGGAUAUUACGGUCCAGCAAAUAGGAAAAUAGACUUCUAAUAUUGUAAUGAAUAAAUGAUAUAGAUAUUUGUUUUAUGGAGAAAUAGAUAAAAGUGCUUCGAUACCAAUAAUUCUAGAUAACAUUUCAGCAUUGAUGGAGCAUUAAAAGAUUGAUAAUUUUUAAAAACUGCAUUUGAGAUAUGUAUUUAUGCAUAUCAUAUUGCAGUGGAAGGUAGAUUUUGUUAUUUGAAAGAUAGGAAAAUAAUAAGUUUACUUAAGUCUGAGAUCAUAUCUGAGUCUAUAAGUACAAUGAGUAUUAAAAAGUUCAUGUAGAUUUAAAUGUGUUUAACUUUUAUACUUCUAUUUGAUGAUAAAUUAUUGAAAAUCUG